AUGGAAUUAUUAAAAUGUUCGACUGAUUGCCGAUCACUAGUGCGUUUGGUACACGAGAACUCGGAUCCGGAAUAUCCUCAGUAUUCAAGCUUUUUAUCGAGACUUAAAACAUUCGAUUCAUAUCCAACGCGAUCGCAUCAAGAUAAAUAUUCGUUAGCCGAAUGCGGGUUCACUUAUACCGGAGCUGGCGACUUGGUUCAAUGUCACUACUGUGGCAUAUUGUUGGUGAAUUGGGAGGAAAAUGAUGAAGUUUGGCAGCAGCACGCCGUGCAUAACCCUAAAUGCGUAUAUGUGUUAUUAUAUAAAGGCGCUCAAUUUAUUACGAAUGUUCAAAAUGAAUUUAAUGACAUUCGUAAUAAUCGCGGUAAUAGUAAUGAUCAAGUCCAUAGAUGUAAAACGGAAUCGUAUGAUGUCGUCGGAUAACAUGUAGAUUAUUCAUGCCGGUUA